AUGAGCAGAGCUAUUACUAGAGCACAAUUGGACAAACUUGUGCGUAGCAUUACCAAGUUCUACCCUCAAAAGUACGCAGACAAGAGCUGGGACAAUACGGGUCUUCUCAUCGAUUGUUCCACUGCACAAGUCACCACUGCCGAUGCAAACGCUAAAACAAAGGUCCUUUUGACUGUAGACCUCACGAAGUCAGUUGCUCAAGAAGCUGUGGAUGCUAACUGCAACGUAAUUGUUGCUUACCAUCCUUUUAUUUUCCCAAGCUGGAACAGAUUAAGCCCACAUACAAACCCACAACACGAGACAGCUAUAAAGCUAAUCCAGUACGGAAUAUCCGUAUACUGCCCUCACACUGCCGUAGAUGCCGCUCGUGGCGGUGUAAAUGACUGGUUGGUUAGGGGUUUGAACAACGGAGAGAACGUCGCAAAGUCUUAUGCCUUGGAAACUGUAAGUGGCGAAACUGACGACUUGAUUGGCUACGGUAGAUUCGUAGAAUUCAAUAAAGACAUCUCUUUGGAGCAAAUUGUCAAAAAUGUCAAGCGUGUUUUACGGGUUCCCUAUGUACAAGUAGCAUCUCUUGCUGCUCCAUCCGCAUGGAAUCAACUCAAAAUCAAAAAAGUCGCUGUCUGUGCCGGGAGCGGUUCUGGCGUGUUUAAGCAACUAAAAGAGGACGUAGACCUUUACUAUACGGGAGAAAUGUCACAUCAUGAAGUACUGAAGUGGAAAGAAAUGGGCAAGACCGUUAUUGUUUGCAACCACUCAAAUACUGAGCGUGGAUUCCUUCAAGACGUUAUGAAGGGCUUGUUGCAAGAUGAGGGCCACGAAGUAGUCGUAAGCAAAAUGGAUUGCGAUCCUUUGACUGUUGCAUAG